GAUGACACAGAAUGCAGCGUUCUCUGAUAUCGUCUUUUCAACCGCUUCCAAUCCGCUCACAGCUCCUCUCCUUAAAAAUCCUGAUCUUAGUCCAACAGAGCGGGCAGUAGAGCGCUUUUCGGUCCGAGGUAAUGCUAUUGUUACUGGAGGCGUUGGCGGUAUCGGAAUGGAAGCAUGCCGCGCCCUCCUAGAGCAUGGCUUACAAGGCCUCUCUAUCUUCGAUCUAGCGUCACGAUACUCAAGUGAAGAGGCGCAAGCGGCCAUUGCCUCGUUCGAGAAAGAAUUUCCGUCUGCCAAGAUAAUUAAGCAUGUUGUCGACGUCACGGAUGAAGACAACGUCCAAAGCGCGGUCGAAGAGACCGUUCAAACUCUCGGCAGCGUCGACAUUCUACUCUGUUUUGCCGGCAUUGGUCAGGCUUGCUCGGCGGAAAAUAUGUCGCUGGAAAUGUUCCAGCAAACUCUGAACGUGAACGCGACAGGAAGUUUCCUAGCUGCAAAACAUGUGGGCAGGCAGAUGAUCAAGCAAGGGACAGGAGGGAGCAUCGUCUUUGCAGCGUCAAUCGCGGCGCACAGGAUCAUCUACCCGGUACCUCAAGCAGCCUACAACAUCUCGAAGGGAGGGAUUCUACAACUCAAAAGCUCCCUUGCAGCGGAAUGGGCACAAUAUGGGAUUCGAGUGAACAGCAUCAGUCCCGGUUUUUUCGAAACGAUCAUGACACGCCAGCCUGGUGCCCAGAGUGGGGUCAAGGCUUGGGAACAGAGAUGCCCAUUAGGACGGAUGGGCCAGCCAGAUGAACUGACAGGACCGAUCGUCAUGUUCUGCAGUCCUGCGGGGCGUUUCAUUACGGGAACUGAUAUCAUAGUCGACGGUGGUGGGCUUAUCUACUA